UCACACCCAGUACAGCAAGUCAGCAAGUCAGCAAGUCAACAAACGAGUGUGAUCAUGCUGUCUCUAUUUCUGCUGGUUGCCGCACUUGUCAUCGAGGAGGGCUUGGGUGACCGUCAUUGUCUGGAUUCGGAUGUCCUGUGCACCACUGCGGAUUAUCAGAUCCGGCGUUACAAGGAAUCGGUCUGGGUUGGAACACACGUGGAUGCUAGCAUCAGCCGCAGAAUUGACACUUUCAUGUACAUCCUAAUCGAAUAUACAGCGUGGGGCAACUCCGCAGGAUAUCUGAUCCAUAGCAAUGGACAAUUUCUCCUUUCAUUCACCAGAGAUGGAAAUAUUACAAUAUACUUGAUGCUUCCCGAAGAACAUUCGGAAAACCCUCCAACACCAACGAACCCACAAGCAUUUAUAACUCGUUUCCCGACAAUGGACGUGUUUGUCAGGAGGAUUCGUCGGAUGGUUCUGAUCCAGGCAAAUAACUUCAAUCUUACGCUCACUGAGCAGAAAGCCAAUUUCAACAACUCCUACUUCUUCGUACCUUUCUGCAACGGGGGCGAAGAAGGAGCAUUUUCUGAAUCUCAGGAAGCGUUUGGUUACAGGAAUUUGUUCUGGGGAAGACAAGUCUCUAUCGGCGGGGUAUCGUAUGACUUCAGCACGAAGCAGUCAGGUGAGGAGGUCUGGUUCGUUGCCACUGGCAGAGCGGAUUGCCCACGCAUGUGAGGACGACAGAAAUCGCUUUGGAUCCCCCACCUUGCUUCGUAUCAAUCACCGUUUUCGGCACGCACUCCGCUAAUAACACAUUCCCAUACCGUUAUUCAGUAAUCAAAGUACUGGCCUAUUCACCCAACCUGGCCUCGGCACCCGAUACCCAACACGUGACCGAUCUUCACCGACCCUCACAGUAACCGCAAUGUGGCUGGCUGAGGAGCCCAGUUCUAGGACUUCCGGUCACCAUGAUCCUCCACUGACCCGAGAACAUCGGGCCGCGUUGAUAAGGAAAGCAGCCUUGAGAAAACUUUGCCCAUGUUGGUGUGGGGCGCCGCGUCACGGUGAACAUUCAGAUGAGUCCUUCCCCGGGCUCUUUUGUAUUCCUGCUGAAAGAGUGAGAUCAGAAAUACAUCAAAAACCGCGGGCCACGCAGGUUGACGCUUGGGAUUGGAGGGGAUGUCUGUGUCUCCUCGGGGAAUGCACUGGGGAAGAUGAAGGCCACAGACCACUUCUGUCUGGCCGCACGGGUUGUCGGCGCUGGAGCGUUACAGACACUGGGAAGAACAGGCAGUGGACGUUCGAUAUGAUCCACCUCCUGUCUCCACGUAACUGCAAUAAUUCUCCUGUGCUCUGAUUAUGGGAAGGGGUUAAAGUUUUCCGCUGUUCACACUCUCUGGUAUCGGUACUGACUAUACACUAUCCCGCUGAUCGCUGUCCCGCCGUCGUAUAACCGUUAAUCCAUCCAGCUGCAUGACUCAAUAAAACUGACGCUGUUUGCAUUAAA